UCGGACACGGCAAAUAGUUUGCUUUGAGUACCUUGGCUAGUUUUGAGAUUCUAGCGCCUCAGGGAACGAUGACAGGAUCCCUUUACGAGGUUCUGGGUGUCGAUAAGACUGCAUCCCAAGAUGAGAUAAAGAAGGCCUACCGCCAGCGGGCGCUGCAGCUACACCCUGAUAAAAAUCCCAACAACGAGGACGCAAAGGCAAAGUUCCAAUUGUUACAAAAGGUCUACGCGGUGCUUGGCAAUGAAGAAAAGCGCAAGGUGUACGACGACACUGGCAGCACGGAUGACGACGACCUGGCUGGCAAGAGCUUCGAGGACCUCAAGGACUACUUCCGAGCCAUGUUUGGCAUCAAGACGGAGGACAUUGACGAGUUCACGGCUCGCUACCAGGGCAGCGCCGACGAGCGGUCAGACCUGCUGCGCUACUACCGGGAGUUCAAGGGCCGCAUGGAGACGGUGUUUGACCACCUGAUGUGCUCCGACCCCGACCUGGACUCGCACCGCCUCAUGGAGGUGGUGGAGGAGGCUAUUGCGGCAGGCGAGGUCCCCCGCUUCAAGCACUUCACCUCCUGGGCCAAGCAAGUGGCGGCCCGCCCGCGGCCCUCACGCGCCCAGGCCGCCGCAGCAGCAACCGCACGAGGGCCCAGCGGAGCCCUCGUGGCCGCCAUCCACAGCAAGCGCGCCGCGGCCGCUGACAGCUUCUUUGACUCCCUGAUGGCCAAGUACGGCGGCGGCGGCGGCAAGGACAAGGGCAAGGGGAAGGGUAAAGGCGGCAAGGCAGCGGAGGAGGCGCAGCCGAUCUCGGAGCCCACCGACGAGGAGUUUGAAGCGGCUCGCCGGAGGCUGCAGGAGCGGGGCCUCAAGCUCGACGGCAGCAGCAAAGAAGGAGGCAAGGGGAAGAAGAAGGCGCCGGAGGUGAAGGGCAAGAGCAAGUCGCCGGCAGCUGCCAAGCAAGGCCGCGGCGGUCGCAAGGACAGCAGUGAGGACGACGGCGACGAUGAGGACUUUGAGGAGGAGGACGUGUCGGAUGAGGAGGAGGAGGAGGUGGACGUAGUGGAGACGGACGACGACCUGAACAGCGACGGCUCGAGUGACGAGGGCGACGAGGAGGAGGAGGAGAGUGAGGAGGAGAAGAGCGUAAAAGCGGCGGUUAAGGGGGGGCGAGGAGCCGAUAAGACGAAGCGUCGGAGCAGCGGCAGCAGCCAAUUGGCAGGACGCAGUGCAGAGAAGAAGGCAAAGCAGAAGGGGCAGAAGGAGGGUGUUAAGGCUGAGGAGGAGGGGCGAAAGCCGCCGCUGAAGGCGAAGACAGCUGCAGGGCAGGCGGCGGCGAAUGGCGGAGGCGACGGGGGGAAAACCGGGAAAGCAAAGGGCAAGCCCGAGAAGCGGAAAGCGGAGAAGGAGAACAAGGCGGCUGCGGACGAGGACAAGGGGCAAGGGAAGCAGAAGCGGCGGCAGGAGGGGAAAGGAGUGGAGGGCGGACCCUUAAAGAAGGCCAAGCGGGCGGCUGCGUGAUGUGUCGUACUCGUCCUGAUACGUUGAAGAACGUCUGGUGUGUGAUGUGGCUUUUUCGGUUGUUUGCAGUUGGUCUUUUUGGGCGUAAUGACGUUUGGGUAAUGGGGUGGCAAUGACGGGUUUGGAGUGAUACGGUGUAUGGGAGGAAGAAGCGGGCCUCCGCAGGUUGACAUGUUUGCUUUUGCUGAUCUUAGCAAGGAUGCGCAUGGGGUGUGCUUCUGUCGUACAGUGUUGCUGGUUUGCUGCUUGGAAGUUUGGUACAGUCAGGCUUCGGUUAGUGCUUGGUUGGUCAAGAUGGCUUUUGGAGGGUUUGCGUCAUGUGGCCUAAGGGUGCUUGAGGCAACGUUGUUCUUGGUCUUGGUUUCCACACAUCGGUCUUGGUCUCCGAAGUUGGCGAUGCCAACGGAAUGCCGCUGCUACGCAGGCUUGUAAACCAUAGCG